UGACAAGCUCCACUCAACACGUGUUGUGCGGAUUUUCCGUUUGUUUUUUGUGUAAUUCAUACAAAAUAGAAAUGCCUACUCCAGAUAAAAUACUAAUGCGAAAAAUUAAGAAACGUGAGAAAAAGAAACUCCUACUGAUUAAUAAAUCCAGUGAAGAAACUAACAAUACGUCAGAACACAAGCCUGAAGCGAAAAAGAGGCCUUUAGAAAAUGAAAAUAGUGAGACGGUAACUAAAAAAAAAAAGAAGAAGAAGCCAAAGGUGAAAGAAGAACCAGUGGAAAUAAAAGAAGAAGCGUCAGAAGCUGAAGAAACUAACGUCUCGGACAAUGAAGAAAACAACACACGGAAUGAAACAGAAACCAGUGAUCAAUUACCUGGCUCCAGUUUGUGUCUUGGAAUUCUCUCCGAUCAAAAAUUCUCAGCGCUGGAUGGAAAAGUGUGUGAAGCAACCCUCAUGGGCAUAAAGGAUAUGGGAUUCACAACCAUGACGGAAAUCCAAGCUAAAGCCAUACCUCCCCUGCUAGAAGGCCGAGAUCUGGUGGGAGCCGCCAAGACGGGGUCAGGAAAGACCUUGGCAUUUCUUAUACCGGCCAUUGAACUCAUCUACAAAUUGAAGUUCAAACCAAGGAAUGGGACGGGUGUCAUUGUUCUAUCACCCACUCGUGAGUUGUCAAUGCAGACCUUUGGAGUUUUGAUGGAAUUAAUGAAGUACCACCAUCACACUUACGGUUUGGUCAUGGGGGGUGCUAAUAGAAGUACAGAAGCACAGAAGCUAUCUAAAGGUAUAAAUAUACUGGUAGCAACACCUGGACGUCUGUUGGAUCACCUGCAAAAUACUCCAGACUUUUUGUACAAAAAUCUUCAAUGUUUGGUCAUUGAUGAAGCUGACAGAAUACUAGAGAUUGGUUUUGAAGAGGAAGUGAAACAAAUUAUCAAAUUGUUGCCCAAGCGGCGUCAAACAAUGAUGUUCAGUGCUACGCAAACGAAAAAAAUCGAAGCACUCACAGCUUUGGCGGUCAAACAAGAGCCUAUCUACGUUGGCGUUGAUGAUCACAAAGAGCAAGCUACAGUGGAGUCUUUGGAACAAGGGUACAUCGUAUGCCCUUCCGAAAAGCGUAUGAUGGUGUUGUUUACAUUCUUGAAGAAGAAUAGAAAGAAGAAGGUGAUGGUAUUUUUCUCCACGUGUAUGUCAGUCAAAUACCACCAUGAGCUUUUCAACUACAUUGAUCUACCAGUCAUGUCAAUACAUGGAAAACAGCAGCAAACAAAACGGACCACAACGUUCUUCCAGUUCUGUAACGCCGAGUCUGGGAUACUGUUAUGUACCGAUGUCGCGGCUAGAGGACUCGACAUUCCUGCUGUUGAUUGGAUUGUCCAGUACGACCCCCCAGAUGACCCGAAGGAAUACAUCCAUAGAGUGGGCAGAACGGCAAGAGGCCUUGGCACCAGCGGUCACGCACUGCUCUUCCUGCGGCCCGAGGAGCUUGGGUUUCUAAGAUACUUGAAGCAGUCCAAGGUUACUCUGAACGAGUUCGAGUUUUCUUGGAACAAGGUCGCCGAUAUACAGUUGCAGCUCGAAAAAUUGAUUUCACGAAAUUACUUCCUGAAUCAAUCCGCGAAAGAAGCGUUCAAGAGUUAUCUGCGGGCGUACGACUCGCAUCAUCUGAAGACAAUCUUCGACAUCGACACGAUAGAUCUCGCGAGGGUCUCCAAGUCUUUCGGCUUCACUGUCCCUCCUGCUGUUGAACUCAAAGUGACCAAUAAAGGCCCUCCAACCAAAAGGAAAGGAGGCGGCGGUUACGGCUACUUCAAAUCGCUCAACGCUCCAGGUGGCCUAAAGAAAGCAAACGAAAAAACAAAAAUCUAUAGACAAAAAGGCGGCAACAAUAAAAGUAGGAGCUGAUUUUAUUUAUAAAUAAAAUGUAUUUUAAAUA